ACCGGUUAUCGCCUUCAGUUGGCUCGUGGCUCGUGCGGAGCGUGGUCGUCGUGCUACCUGUGUGGCUCCUUCUUAUUCUCUCCGUAUCGGCCCGCACAUACCGUGUGUCGUCGUCGCGUCGUCGUCGCCGCGUCGUCGUCCUCGUCGCGUCUCGUAAUGUGCCUAUGACGAGGUGAUGAACGGCCGGCGUCGCAGUGUCGAGAGCGUCGCAGUGACAGUGCUCGUUCGUCCCGCCGUUGGACGAUGACGAUUAACGGAGCGAACAGCAGCAACGGCAGCAGCAGCAGUGGUCGCGCGAGGGAAAACAGUGUGCUCUGUGUGAUCUAGUGUACUACUUCCACUGUAAAUCUGUCCACCUGCGCGCACAACGUAUAUAUAUAUAUGCGCGUCGUGCGUACGCGUAUAUACACGCACGUGCUGCACAUACGUACUUGCGCGGAGUCGCCGAUCAUCAUAUACUUGGAUUACGCUUCGUCGCGCGCGCGGAGGAGAGAUUUCCUUCCUUCCUUCGCGGUCGCCUCUGCAGCAAGGAUAAUGCGAUACUGCAGUCGUCGCAGAGUGCGCCAAUAAGCCGCGCGUUCGCAUCUAUCUCGUAGAGAGAGGCGCUCUUUCUUCCUCUCAGGGGGAUCAGCGGUGGUGGAGCAACGCUAUUAACAACGGCGACGAUCGGCCUCGGAGCGCAGCCGUUAUCAUCCGGCUAUCAUAGCACAGUGCCACCCCAGAACGGAAGGGGUGGCUCGCCACUUCGUGUCGCGGCGAUGGUAGCAGCUGCCUCCGCUACGGCCACCGCCACUGCCAGCGUGGUGGCCAUGCAGGACCGCCAGGACAUCCCCUCGCAAUUCAAUCAGAUGCAGAGCCAACAUGGAAUACCCCACCAAACGUACAACGCGGGGUACGGCCAAAGAGGACCAAUGGCAGGAAUGGGGCCAGUCGGGAUGAACAAUUUUAACGGCAUGGGUACGAUGAGCCCGAUGCACACUAUGAAUUCCAUGAAUUCGAUGAACAGUAUGAAUGGCAUGAACUCCAUGAAUCCUAUGACAAUGGGAGGAAUGAACGGUAUGAACGGUAUGAGCGGUAUGAAUGCUAUGAGCGGAAUGACACCCAUGAACUCCAUGAGCAACAUGGGUAAUGUCGCCAUGAACAACAUGAUGGGACCCAACAACAUGCAAAUGAACAAGAUGCAGGCUCAGCCGCAUCAAGGCUACCCGCGGAGAUUAGCGCCUUAUCCGAACCCAGCCAUGCAUAUGGCGCAAAAGCGACAGCAAGUUCCGUACGCUGCUCAGAAUCCAGCGGCUAUGCAGCAGGGUUUCAACGGUAUGACGGCGGCGCCGAAUUACCCGAAUACCUAUCCCACCGGGGCGAGACCGAAUUUUCAGCAACAAUAUCAGUCUAUGCAAAGCAUGAAUCCCACGGCGGCCGGUUUUGGGCCCACUGCGAUGAUACGAGGGACGAAUAUGAGGCAAACGACACCGGCAUACAAUAACCCGUCUCAGACGGCCGCCGCGAAUCAAUAUGGCUACGGUAGUAACGGCGUUCCUGGUGUCUGCAUGGUUCCACCUACUUCGGUUGGCAACCAGUUCGUCGGUCAUCAGCCAAACACGGGAUACGGUGGCGGUAAUGCGUCAUACGGCGCGUCCGCUGUGGCAACCAGUCAAUACCAACAGGACGUGGUAUCGAUGAGAUCGACGAACGGAGGCAACAUGAAUUAUCAGCACAGUCCUAUCCCCGGCAAUCCGACGCCUCCGUUGACACCCGCCACUAGCAUGCCGCCUUACAUCAGUCCAAAUCCGGACAUCAAGCCUAAUUUCAACGAGAUGAAAUCGCCCGUCAACAUUCAGAAUGAUGAAUUGAGACUAACAUUCCCCGUAAGAGACGGUAUAAUUCUUCCACCUUUCCGCCUAGAGCACAAUUUGGCUGUUAGCAAUCAUGUGUUCCAACUGAAGUCCACGGUACAUCAAACGUUAGUGUGGCGAUCAGAUCUGGAGCUGCAGCUUAAAUGUUUCCAUCACGAGGAUAGACAGAUGAACACGAACUGGCCGGCGAGUGUGCAAGUUUCCGUUAAUGCGACUCCCCUCGUGAUCGAUCGCGGGGACAACAAAGCUUCCCACAAACCUCUCUACUUGAAGGACGUAUGUCAAGCAGGAAGGAACACAAUACAGAUUACCGUAUCCGCAUGUUGUUGUUCACAUCUAUUCGUACUUCAAUUGGUUCACCGACCCAGUGUGCGAAGUGUACUUCAUGGAUUACUACGUAAAAGGCUGUUGACGGCAGAACACUGUAUAGCAAAAAUCAAAAGAAAUUUCAGUAAUACGAUGUCAAACAAUAGCAUACAAUCGGAGAAAGAUGUAGUAGAACAAACAGCACAAAAGGUACUCUUAAAAUGUCCUAUCACCCACAAACGCAUUACACUGCCAGCCAGAGGACACGAAUGCAAGCAUAUACAAUGUUUCGAUUUGGAAUCGUAUUUGCAAAUGAAUUGUGAACGAGGAAACUGGAGGUGUCCAGUAUGCUCGAAAUCUGCACAGUUGGAAGGCUUAGAGGUCGAUCAAUAUAUGUGGGGCAUUUUGACUACAUGUGCGGAUGUUGACGAAGUGACGAUAGACUCGCUCGCUAAUUGGAAACCUGCGAAGAACUUAACUGGUAUUAAAUCCGAAGAAGAAAAUGAUUGUAAAAGAACGACCAAGGCCAUGUCGCCAGGCAGUAUGAAUAUGCCAACUAUGAACAAUUGGGAUAUGAAUCAAGCUAUGAGUCCUUACAUACCGCCCGAUAUGAACAGUAUUGUAAGUGGCUCGAUGAUGAAUAACACAUCUUCCACGUAUCCGAAUAACAGCAUAAACCACCGAAACACAUCUGGUGGAACGUACGAAAUAAACUCUGGGACGAAUACUAUUGGCAAUAAUGAUUAUGUCAGUGGAACGGGUCCGCUCUCGCAUUUAAACGAGUCUGUUAAUUCUUUAGAUCCUCUCAAUGCUAUGGAGAAAUCACUCAAUGACCAGAUGCCUCAUACCCCUCAUACGCCACACACUCCGCAAUCUACCCCUCACACGCCAGCUGGUGGUGCUAGUGGACCACCGAGUGUUCCGCCCGCGUCGCAAGAAUCCACGGGAAACCAUAACACCUCCGGCAAUACAACUAUAAAUAACGACACCGCAGCCGACAUACCAUCAGACUUAAAUUUUGAUCCCGCUGCAGUUAUAGACGGGGAAGGUACCGGCCAAGAGGCGUUAAAUCUCUUGCCAGACAAUGUGGAUGCAAUGGAACUACUUUCGUAUCUCGAUCCACCCGACCUAAACACUCCUCCUAGUAGCGGAGCUAGCAGUGGUAAUCCUUCCUCUAACGACGAUAUAUUGGCACUCUUUGAAUAAGAGAAAAAUAAUAUAAAAGGCGAGUGACUAUUUCAUAAAGAUGUAAUCAAACUGUGACCCUUCACUUUGUAAUAAAGUGAUGAACGGAAUGAACAUCCUGCUGCAAACGUUCUUUUAACUACAGUAUAUUUUCGUGCAAAUCCCGUAGAAUCCUAUGAUGAAUGAGUAAAAUUGAACGAAGUAUUCAAUUUUUGUCUCUGAUAGGAAAAUUCGAAAGUCUACUGUGUAUAGGCGUUUGUACUAAAAAAAUUAAAUUUUAUUGGGGUCACUGUGGGUGCUCUCACCUAAUCAAUGGUACAAAUAAUCUUAGUUAUAAUUAUAAUAUUCCUAUUAAAAUUAGAAUUAUAUAAAAGGCUAGGGUUUAAAAAAUGAUUUUUAACGAUAAUACAGCAAACACCAUAUUAUUUAUAAAGACGUUAUUGCAUGGAUAGCAAUAUCGAUAUUAUAAAUGUAUAUAUAAUCGGAAGGUAUGUUUUUGAAAAUAGAAAAAGAGAACGUGUUCAAUAACAUGCCAGGCAAAUAUUCCAGAAACGAUUUUAAGACAGUAUGACUAGUUAAAUAUAAAAAAUACAUAUUCAACUAUUAUAUAAAUCGUGGUAUAUAACAGUUAAUAAAAAAUAUCUAUUUAAAAAAAUCAUAGUAAAUUUGUUAGUUUGUUUUGGAUCUAUCUUAUAUGAUCUCAUUUAUUUAUGUAUUUAUUUUAUCAAAAUAAAAUUGCACUAAUAUCAAUGAAAUUUUGUUUUAUUCGAAUCAUUUUCAAAUAUUUACUUGAAAGAAUUAUGCUAGGCUAACUUGUGUAUAUAUCGUUUCGGAGUAUUUCGAAGCUGUUCUCGCAAUAAGGUCUUUAUAUUCGAAAUCGGUCUAUUCGCAUUCAAGGCUAUGAUAGACCUACGUCGCGAAAAGAAAAAUACUUGUACAGACCUACUUUUGUAAAUAAAUUUUAUUCGAGAUAAAAGUAAGAUAUUCAUCGGCUGGGAAUUUUCCGCCUAUUGAUGAAUAUUGUGCAUAUAGUGUUCCUUUCCUUUAGAUUGUAGCGACAGAUCGAAAUGAGUAAACUAGGGGAUAUCGGGCUUCACACUGGAAAUUUAAUAAAAACAUGUGAUGUAUCUCCCGAGAUAGGAAUUACAGAUAUGAAAAAAAGAACGUAAAACUUAAAUAAUUUUUUAAAAAUUUAAUAAUUUCAUCAGUUUCAGAUCUUAGCUCCAUGCGAAGAUAUUUCUAUAUGCACAUGUUUUCACAUUAUUGUAAAUAAGUGAUGAAGAUAAAAAUAUGCAUGUGCAUAUAUGUAUUAACAUUUAUGAAACUUCAAUAUUUAAAACGUGUUAUUUGCAAAAUUUCUAUAACACUGAUCAUUUUCAAGUUAACUUUUGGAAUUACAGUUUUCUAUUUUAAAUGGAAUCUAUAUAUAUAUAUAUACAUAUAUAUAAUUAUAUAUAAAUUUCUCGUAUAUAUAUGCAUACAAACAUAUAAUGUGUAUGCACAUAUAUACACAUAUAUACAUAUACAAUCUUGAAAAGAAAGAAAAUGGCAAAUUUUCUAUCUGACGAUGUUGACAACCUCUGAAGAUACAUCUAGAAUGAAAAACCUUUGAUAAUCAGAAAUUUGCACAUAUAGAAUUUAUUUUCACAUUUUGAUAUAUGUUAAUAUAUGUGUAUUUUUGAGUUAGCUUGCAUUAAUAAUAAAUAAGCUAAAAUUUGUAUGAUACAUACCUUUGAAAUAUUGUUAUUUUGUAUCGAUAUGUUUCUGUGCAUCACAAUUUCUUUCAACUUUGUUUUAUCGUUGAGUUGCGGUAUAAACUGCUAAUCAUUGUCGUCAGUUUGACUUUUUAUUAUACUGUGUUCAAUAAGUAGUUCCAGAAAAUGUGUCGGUUGAAUUACGAAAGAUGUAAAUUGCAUGACGUUAAUAGCAAUAUUUACCCAAGGCCUUAAGAAAAUCGUGCACCAUAUUGAUUCGUAUAUAAUCAAAUUUUAUACGAUGAGAAAGAAUCAAAAUUUUUCGUGGGAGAAAUAUAUAUAUAUGUAUAUUUUGCAGAAUAAUUAUCUUAUAACGCAAUCUUAUUUAAACAAUAAUUGCGUUAGUAACAAUUCAGUAUGCGAAAAUAAAUUCUGUAUAUCUUCUUGCACAAUUUAGCGGUAAACUGAUUUAUUGUUUCAUAAGAAUGUAAAUCAGAUAUCCGUAUGUAAAAAAAGAUACUGCCAGAGUGAUACCGCCCAAGACCCCUUGCUUGUGUAGUGGUUAUAAACAUUUGUAUCUUUUGUGAUUAAAAGAAAAGAUAUACUUAAAGAGCGACUCGUGCAGAUUAUACAGAUUUUAUAUAAAGGUGUGUGUGUGUGUGUAUGUACACGUACACGCGCAUACACACACCAGUGUGCAACGCUAGCGCACAGCGAAUGAUUAGACACAGUCAAGUUUCUAUGCAUAUAAUUACUAUAAUUAUUGAGAUUUAGAUUUUAAUAUUACUUGUAUUAAGCGCGACUAUUGUAUAUUAUUUGUAUAUAUGGUAAAUAGAAUAAUAAUAUAAGAAAAAGUGGCAGAUACUUAUUGGCCAGUUAUAAUAGUAAAAUGAUUAUCCUAAUUAUUUCUCAGAACCAAAACGUACACGAGAUGUAUGAGGAUACUUUAAAUUAGAGAAUGUAACAUGUAAAUGGCUGAUGAACGAUAAUAACAAGUACAGUCGAAUAUUGUACUGUUAUUUCUCUAAUAGAAUUAUUACUUACUUAUUAAAGAAAAACAUAAUUACCUAAAGAAGUUUAUUCAACUGUAAGCUUUACUUAGGAUUGCCAAGAAGUAGUAUACGCAACUCUGUUGCGAUUGUACAUAGGCAAUGUUUACCUAUACCUAGCUAAUAAUACCCCUAAAAUAUUAUACACAAUACACCAUCUUAGUUUAUAAGAGUCCUAGAGAUUUAUAGACAUUUCGUGAAAAAAACUACAAUUAAAAAUAACAAUAAAGACAGCAUCUCAUUUGCGUUAUACAACAAAUGAUAAUUGAACAUAAAAGAUAAAAUUUCUCACUUAUAUUACCACAAUAAUUUACAUAAUGUAAUUUACUUACAUGUUACUGUAAAAUAAUAAUAUGCAAUAUUGUAUUUAGAGAUAAUUUUUACAUUUUUUUCUUUCUUUAGCAGACGGCUAAGGCUGAAUGCCGUAUGCCGCUUUAUAUAAAUUUCCGUCGCAAUAAUAGAAGAUAAUUCAUUAUUAUAUUAUUUAACGAGACUUUUAUAAAUCUCUGCGACUCUAAGAUUACAAUACCUAUUUAUCUAUCGUUAGGAGGCCUAUAAUUUGAUUUUACAAUGCUCUACGAAAAAACAGUUAAUCCGCGAUCGCGGGAUUACGAGUGUCAUCUUGUUCGAGGCCUGGAAACGUUACGAAACAAGAUAAUCAUGUAACCGUAUCGACUCAUGGUGUAUCGGCUGCGUCUUUGUUACAUAACAUACGGAACAUAUUGGAUAUAUCCACGUGAUUAUGCAUUACAUAUUUAUGGCGAUGCAUUGGAAGUUUAUUCACGCGUACGCCGCAGAAUUUUUUACCAAAUCAUAUCAAAGGAUCCAAUUUCAGCGGUAUUUCCUGAAAAAUCUGAGGUUUUUGCUCAGCAAAUACAUCAUGAGUACUGACAUCGGUCCAUGUUAUAAGGUCUGUCCGUUUUGUAAUGCGCUUCUUGUACUACAAGCGAGUGAUAGUGUGCACUCGAGCCUGUGGAAGCAAAUUAAAAGAUAAAAACUAAAUAUAAAAAGUGCAACUUGACGAACAGAUCUGCAGUUCGCAAAACGUGGAAAAGCGCGCAUUAUAAAUUGAAAAAAGAAGAAGAAGUACAUUGAUAUCAUUAAUUUUACAUUCGCAUACAUAAAAAAUUUUAAUAAAGACCAGUUUUUAAACAUGUAUGACAGACACAACAUUGUUUCUUGAUAACGGUUAGAAUCAUUCAAUAAAAAAGCAUAAAACAUAAA